AUCAAUAGAGGGGUCAAAUCAAUGUACCUGGGCUUGAAAAAAACAAACAAAACAUCUAAAGUUCAUGGAGCAUCACUGAAGUGGCUUCAGUCCGACAUACAUACAGAAAUGGAUGACGACAGCAUUAGGAAGGGGAAGGAGUCGCAGAAUGGCUCCACUGACCGCAGCAUGGACGCUCAUACCAAAGAAAAGCAGCCCGUUAAGGCCACUGUGCUUCAGAAAGAUGUUGGACUGCUGAGUGGCAUCUGUCUGAUUGUUGGGACGAUGAUCGGCUCUGGGAUCUUCAUUUCUCCGAAGUCUGUUCUGCUGUACUCUGGAGCUGUGGGGCCCUGCCUCCUCAUCUGGGCUGCCUGUGGCGUGUUAGCCACUGUGGGAGCGCUGUGCUACGCUGAGCUCGGCACCAUGAUCACUAAAUCAGGAGGAGAUUAUUCAUAUUUAAUGGAAGGGUUCGGCCCCCUUGUCGCCUACCUUUACUCCUGGACCACCGUCAUGGUGUUGAAGCCCUCCGCCUUCGCCAUCAUCACGCUGAGCUUCGCAGAAUACGCCUCCACCCCUUUCUACCCCGGCUGCACUCCUCCCGUUGUUGUUACCAAGUGUCUUUCAGCAGCAGCCAUAGUUAUGGUCGUCUCAGUCAACUGUCUGAGUGUCAAACUGGCGAACUACGUGCAGAACGUCUUCACUGCAGCUAAACUCUUCAUCAUCCUCGUCAUAGUGGUAGCUGGCAUGGUUAUGUUGGCUCAAGGAAACACUGAGACUUUGUCAAAUACGUUUGAUGGUGCGUCAUCGUCCUUUGGAGGAUUUGGACUUGCAUUUUAUAAUGGGCUUUGGGCUUAUGAUGGAUGGAAUCAACUGAAUUUUAUCACAGAGGAGCUGAAAGACCCAUACAGGAACCUGCCACUGGCCAUUCUCAUUGGGAUCCCCUUGGUUUCUGUUUGCUAUGUGUUGGUCAACGUCUCUUACUUCACUGUUAUGACGACCACUGAACUGCUGCAGUCUCCAGCUGUUGCUGUGACUUUUGGAGACAGAGUUCUUCACCCAAUGUCGUGGAUCAUUCCGCUCUUUGUUGUCUUUUCCACGUUUGGUUCUGCCAAUGGAAGUUGCUUCACUGCUGGCAGACUGGCCUAUGUGGCUGGUAGAGAGGGUCACAUGGUGAAACUUCUAUCCUAUAUUAGUCUAAGGCGCUACACCCCAUCACCUGCUCUCAUAUUCAACGGGUUUCUGGCUAUUUUCUACAUUGUCCCAGCAGACAUUAACACCCUCAUCAACUACUUCAGCUUUGCUCAGUGGAUGUUUUAUGGUCUGACGUCACUGGCUCUCAUAGUGAUGCGAUUCACUAGGAAGGAGCUCCAUAGACCACUGAAGGUGCCGAUUGUCCUGCCAGUAAUAAUGGUGCUGGUGUCCUGCUACUUAGUCCUGGCCCCCAUCAUUGAUAAGCCAGAACUGGAAUACCUCUACUGUGCUAUCUUCAUCUUCAGCGGAUUUCUCCUCUACUACCCUUUCGUCCACGUGAAGGUCAAAUGGGCUCGCACACUCAUGAGGCCUAUUACUAUGCAUCUGCAGCUGCUGAUGGAGGUUGUUCCUCCUGAGAAAAUUGAAUGAGAACGGACACGAGUGAGAACCAGGGCAAUUUCUGCUGCUUGUUGUGAAAUGUUGGGUCUGGUUUUGGAAACAGUGGGCCGGAGAUUUGGCUCCUGGAGCUGGAGCUGGGCCACAGUCAAAAAUCUGAGCUGACUCCCGUUAAAUAUCUGUGUGACAAAAGUAAAAGUGCACGUACUGUUUUCAUGAACUCGUCUACCAGGUUACUCCUGUAAAUAGAUAGAACAACCCAGCCAGACAGACCAUAACCUGGUGAUGUCUCUCUCCACAUGAAGAAGUAGCCUCCAUUUAAUCUCGUCGACUGCGACUGAAUGUUUGGUCGAAUUUUACUUUCCCUGCACUGAAAGCUAAGCUGUCACGUUAAACUAUUUCCUUAUGUAGUCAAUGACAACAGUGCCAAAGAUUUAGAUAUGCGCAAAAUCUGCACUCGAGCAAAGGGAAACAGUAAAAACAUUUUAAAUGCAUUAAGGAAAUGACACAAAUGUUCGGCAGAUCAUGCACCAAGAUGCGGAAACAUGUUUACUUAAUGAUGUUUGUAUAUUAUUUAACGAUGCUCUCUCUCCUUUCACACUGGAAUAUAUUGGAACAGUACUGCAUUGUGUAACCUGGUGUUUAUUAAAGGUAUAAAUCUUUGUGAGCGUGAAGUGGACCCGACAAAUAAUCAAUUUGUGAAUCCACAAAAUAUUUGACUGCUGAUUUAUCAUAAUUGUAAAUAAUGUCUUUCAUGGGGUGUAACUCAUAAGAAUACAGCCAAGUGGAUGUGUUGGUUAUGAGGUGUUUUAGUUGCCUGUGCUUUGCAUAACGUCCACUGAAAAUCCCCUUUCAAAAACACGGCGAUGAAAAUUAUGGAUAACACUUUGGAUACAAUUAGUACUGCAAAAUUUAGAACACAGAAGAUUGAAUGAAUCCACACGAGGAAACCUGCGGAGGGACAAUAAAGUUUCAGAGCCAGUGAAUGAAUUUUUGGUUCAGUACUCACAGAGAUUUGAUUUGGUCUUUGUUGCCCUCUAGUGGCACUUAACGCUACAUACCAGCGUUAAUCUAUGAUUUCCUAUGUGCAAUCCCUGGUGUAAAAGAAAUGAUUUUCUCCAGUAGUGCCAGUAAAUUUGCAUUGGCUUUGCUGAACGGGAGGAUUUUCAGAUAAACUGCUCAGUAACUUCUGCCAAAUGACGACUGGAACUGUCUGUGGAAGCAGCAUGUGGGGUUGUGUCGCCCGUCGUGCUUGGCUCUGGGGGAAUUUUGGUAAAGAAAGCUGUCGUCCUGCAGAAUUGAACAAACAGGUCCCACAUGAAGACUGAAUAAAUACUGACAAAAUAAAGAACUCUUCUGGAAUUGA